GCAUUAAAGAUUGAAAGAGAAAACAUCAGCUGUUGAUGUUUUUAAUUUAUGCAUAACUUUAGACUUUUAUAUUUUCUUGUUUUUGUACUCGCUGGUUGCAGCCGCUUUGGUGCUUCAAGAAAAUUAACAAGAUUAGCAGGAGGCUUUGAAGCGCAAAUUGGAGAUUACCCUUAUUUAGUUGCUUCGCUCCAUCCUAAAAUAAGAUGUACGGCAAGCAUUAUCCACCCAGAGUGGGUGCUUGGAGCAGCACAUUGCUACAUAGCAAACAUGACUGUUGUCAAUGAGAAUGAUGUUCUACUUGUUGCUGGAAUUGUAGACUUUUUUGACAUAGAGGCAAAAUCAAGGCAGGAAAGAGUUGCAAAAUCACUUCAUAUUCAUCCUAAAUUUGAGGAAAUAAGAAUUUCAGGAUCUGAUUUGUGUUUGGUAAAUGUCAAUGCAUUUGAACUCACUCCAGAAGUAGAACCAAUUUUAGUAUCUGGGAGGCCUUUUAUUAUUAAUAAAAAAAAGCUUUGCACAGCUACUGGUUGGGGUGACACAGGGCGGAACAAGGCAAAUACUGUUCUGCAUGGGCUCAGCGUUGUUGCAGUUCAGUCGAGGAGUAUCUGUCGUGGACUAAAUUUGAGAGAAAGAAAAAAUAUGAUUUGCCUAAAGGGAAAUAAUGGACGAGGAUUGUGUGAUGGAGAUAGCGGUGGUCCAUUAAUUUGUGAUGGAGAGCUUGUAGGAAUCGCACAUCAAGUUUACAUCGAGAAGUACAAGUACAAAAAGCCGAGUGACAUGGAUUGCGGAUCGAAAAAAAUUGUCCAUACUUACAUGUUCACAUGUCCGUAUUUAAACUGGAUACACUCAUUUGUACCAGAUGUGCCAGCUAAACCAGAGAAAUGCUUUGAAGGGUCCAAUGUGAUGAUUAGAAGAGAGCAGCACUUGGUGCUACAAGGAUAUAAUAAUGUGUAAUUUAUAAAUAAAGCAAAUUUAAUUUAUUAUAAAUACUA